UAAUCUUUUUGUUUGUACCAACUGUACCUACACUAGUAGUUCAACGAAUACGAUCGAAGUAAACAGUCCACUGUUGAUUGCGAUCAUAAAAUGUCGGUAACGGUAACCGAAUCCGUCAAACACGAUGAUCUUAACGAAAAAAAUGAUUUGAACACAUUGUCGAAAUCAAGGGAACCCGAUUGGGUUAAGGUACUUUUUCAAAUACAACUUAUUAUAUCCGCUUUGUGCAGCAUCCAUUUUAUUUUGUAUGAUUCGCAGUGGAAAACGAUUUUUUUUGCGUUGGUUCUUAUAAUCUUCAGUCAUAUAGGGGUUGCCGCAGGGGCUCAUAGAUUAUGGGCUCAUCAAUCCUACACGGCGAAUCCGAUUCUACGAUUUUUCCUGAUGAUGUGUCAAACGUUAUCGGGAACUGGAUCGAUAUAUUCAUGGGUGCAAUGGCAUAGGCUACACCAUAAAUACUUCAAAACUGAUUUGGAUCCGUUCAAUCCCUCCAAAGGAUGGUUUUUUUCUCAUAUUCUCAGUAACGGUUUAUGUUUGAGCCCAGCUCAGCAAAAGGAACUCGAAAAACUCGAUAUGAGCGAUAUUGAAACCGACAAAAUUGUCAUGUGGCAAAAAAAGUAUUAUGUAAUACUGUAUUUAAUUGUCACUUUACUUUUGCCAAUCAACGCUCCCGCUGAAUAUUGGGGGGAAAGUCUACUUACGUCUACUUUCAUUUUGGGAUGGUUCCGAUAUUUCGUCAGUUUACACCUUUCUUGGUUAAUAACCAGCUCUUCAAUAAUUUGGGGCUUAAAAAAAGGAGAAAAAUACCCAUGCGACACAAAUCUGGUUUUCAUCAUCAACAAAAGUAACUGGUUAUCAUACCAUUAUUUGGCCCCAUGGGAUUACAAAACCAGCGAAUUUGGUCAAUACUCUAACGACUUUAUCUCGAAGUUGAUAGACGUAUUUCAAAUAAUGGAAUGCGCGUCGAAUUUGAAAACGAUAGAUAGCGAUACAGUUCGGAAAGCUUUGACCAAUUCUGUAGUACAAAAAAGGAAUAUUACGGAAUGUCUUUUCGAAUUAUGUGAUUAUAGAACGCAAAAGCCCAAGUUUUAUUAGUCUAAGUGAUAAAAAACAAUAAUUGUAAUUGAUUUCCAUGUAACUGUUGCAUGGAACCGUUAUUUCAAAAGAUUUGUACAUGGCUCUACUAUUUACAUUACAUGGAAUUUAACACGACUUAAUAUUCAGUGUUGUCAAACUUACUAAUAAAAAAUGUAUAUGAAGUUA